GCAAAAAAUAAAAGGCUCUCCUAUUUAGGCUCUCCCAUCAAUCUAGGGUUACCCUAAUGGCCCAAGGAUUGUUAAUUUCCUGCUGCACUAGUGAGUUGGAAUUGGUUGGACCAUCAAUAUUCAGUGGUCUUACCCUAUCUCAAGGACAUCAAUGAAGGGUCAUGUGACCCUCACCAUGGGGAAUAAAGACACUAAGCAUAGAAGAAGGGAAAUGUCUAUGCAAGCUUUAUAUAUAUAUUCAAGAUAUGUAGGCUCAUGAUUGGGAAUAGAACAAGACUAAAGGCACAUUUCCUAGCUUCCAAUGACAACCCAAUACUACCCAUUAGCCAUAGGAGCGGCAUAGCCCUCGAUCGCCAAGCAGAAAAAACCAGCCACUGAAGUAGUGGAUCAAGGGAAUUCGCCAUGAAGAAGCGACUUCUAGUGUUGAGAAGAUGUGAACCAGCCAUUAGAGGCCAAGGGUGGGCAGCAUGCACGAGGGGAAGGGAAGUGAGAUAUGGUGAGUGCCAAAAGAACCACGCAGCAAGUGCAGGAGGAUAUGCUGUUGAUGGUUGCAGGGAGUUCAUGGCUGAAGGUGAGGAGGGAUCCAGCGGAGCCCUCAAGUGCGCGGCGUGCGGGUGCCACAGGAACUUCCACCGAAGAGUGCAGGAGAAUGAGGGGUCAUGCGACUGCUCUUCCUCAGCCAUGGCAAGGCAGUGGGAAGGUUUCAACUGUUGUAUACUUUUUGUUUCAUGUGAACUUGUAUGUCAAAGCAAGAUGGAUUCAGCCCAUCCUUGGUACGUUAAGGUCUCCAGGGAGUGCAAGACUUGAUUGCUAAGUUUAAGUCUCCUUAAAAAUA